UUCACCACUGUUCUGUGAUUUCUUAAUAUUUUGUAAGAGUCCAGACCAGGACUGAGUUUAGAGACAAACUCCAAACUUGCUUAAUGUUACUGGUCACACUCCGACACAUCAGGAGAAAUCGUCGGGUCCUGACAAACCAGUACUUCAGAAGUCAAGAUGCUCCUGAGGUGCUGGCUGGCUCUGCUGGUGGCUCUAAUCCCUGCAGCCUUGAGCACCAAUCCUGGAGUAAAAGUCAAGCUAACAGAAAAAGGCAUUGAAUAUGGAAAACUACUGGGCAUGGCUGCCCUGCAGACGAGACUCAAAUCCAUCAAAGUGCCAGACAUUUCAGGAUCGCAGUCAGUGUCUCCCAUCGGCAAAGUCCAGUACAGUUUGACAAAUAUGCAAAUAACCAACAUUGGAUUACCAAAGUCUGAAGUGGAUCUGGUGCCGGGUUCUGCAGUCAAACUGUCUAUUGGUGAUGCAUACAUCAGUCUGAAUGGACACUGGAGGGUCAAGUACCUCCGGUUUAUAAAGGACAGUGGCUCCUUUGACUUGAAUGUAAACGGACUCACAAUCACAACAGGCAUUGCCAUCAAGAGUGAUGAGACAGGACGACCAGCCGUCAGUAGUGUCAACUGUGCAGCUACUGUUGGCAGCGCCAAAAUCAAGUUCCACGGUGGAGCCAGUUGGCUGUACAAUCUCUUCGAAAAAUUUGUUGAUAAGGCUUUGCGUAACGCACUCCAAAAACAGAUCUGCCCUCUGGUGGCCGACGCAGUGUCUGAUUUAAACCCUCAUUUGAAAACUCUUAACGUCCUAGCCAAGGUGGACCAGUAUGCAGAGAUCGAAUACUCCAUGGUGUCAUCGCCCAUCAUUUCUAACUCCUCUAUAGAUCUGAGCUUGAAGGGUGAAUUUUACAACAUUGGUAGGCACCAGGAGCCUCCAUUCUCCCCCAAAGACUUUUCCCUGCCGCCGCAGAUCAACAACAUGUUGUACAUCGGCAUGUCUGUCUUCACUGCCAACUCUGCAGCUUUUGUCUACGACAAAGCAGGAGCCCUGAGCCUGUAUAUCACUGAUGACAUGAUCCCAAAAGGUUCACCUUUCCGACUCAACACCAGAACAUUUGGAGUCUUCAUCCCUCAGAUUGCUCAGAAAUUUCCAGGCCUGAUGAUGAAACUGUUGGUGAAGACGGUGAAAAAUCCCAUCAUCACUUUUGAACCCAACAAUGUGACGAUUCAGGCCACGGCCACAGUGACAGCUUAUGCCAUCCAACCCAACUCCACACUUUCCCCACUUUUUGUUCUAAACUUGGAGACCAGCGUCAGUGCCAAUGUGUUUGUUAGUGGAAUGAGGUUGGCCGGAUCCGUCACCCUCAACAAGAUGAAUCUGACCCUGGGUACAAGUUAUGUAGGACAGUUUCAGGUCAGAUCUCUCGACAACAUGCUCCAAAUGCUCCUUAAAGUCGUAGUGAUACCCAAACUGAAUGUUCAACUUGGUAAAGGGUACCCUCUUCCUACGAUUGGAAAAAUGAAGCUUGUGAAUUCCCAGCUGCAAGUCCUAAAGGACUACAUGCUGAUCGGGACAGAUGUUCAGUUCACGGGUUGAACUGUAUUCCUGAGGAUUCUUUUCUGCUCUGGGGUCUGUCACAAUAAAAGAACAAUCACAGCUGGAGGACAUUUGCUGGACAGAAAUUUGAAAGAAACAACUAAAUGAGUUUUAAUUCUCCUAAAAGAAUAAGAAACUCCAGCUUUGGAGAUCACCUUUGGUUUCUCAAUUUUGUUUUUCCUUUAUAUUCUUUUCCUCCUGUGAAAUGUGGAUGAGGGCAUCAGAGUUACUGCAGUCUUGUCAUAAAAAGAGAAAUUCUUCAGGACACUGUUUGCUGCUGUCACCACAAUAACCUCUUCUGAAAGAACAGGUGCCUUACAAUGCACUUCACUGCACUUUCUGCUGCUGACUUUAGGUGAAUUCUCCCUCAGUUUCCAACUUUGUCACUGACAGAGCGAUUCGGCAAAUGUGCUGACAUUUUUAUUGCAGUCUGGAGGAUCCUGUAAAAACGCCACAGCAUCAAACAUCGCCACUUCAGACAAAACACAGCCAUCAGUAAUUUGUGUUAAAGUCUCUCUUUGAUUGUUAAUUAAACCCUUAAAAACUCAUCUCUGUGUAUCAAAAUGACAUCUUUGGAAGUUUGUUCCAUGAAAAAUAAAUCCUUCCUGUUUUAAAAUGA